GAUCUUUUCGAAUAAACGCGUCGGGCGAAAGAACCACUUUGAUUGUCUCCAGCCCAUCGCUGCCUACCCAUUUUGUUGGCCUUCGCAAUCUUUCACCUCAAACUCAACGUUGUCGCGUUAUGGUCUAAAGCACCGCGGAAUAGUUCCUUCAAUUGCACAAAGAGACCUGAUUCUCAAUGUCUUCUCCUAGUCAACGGCGCCAGUCUGGCACACCCAGACGCAGCACCCGCAACUCACAGGCGCCACAGAGCAGCCCCGCGAACGGUGAUGCCUCGUUGCAGAAUGCCAACACUCCUCGGAACACACGCUCGUCACAGCUAGCCUCAAGUCCCUUGUUUUACCAGUCUUCGCCUGCUAACGUUCAUGGCGACGUCUCCUCCCCUCUGCGACACAACACCGAGAGCCAGAGCCAGAACGCUGAUGGCGACGCCGCUCCCUCCUCUCCGUUGCGGAAUAUGACCCACUCGCAGACGACUGAAAAUGAUGGCGACCGCACACCAAGAGCUAGUGGAAUUGGUCUCAUUGGAGAGUCUUCCCCUAUUAGAUACGAGCCCAGCUCCAGUCCCGGGCGUGCUCUGAAUCUCCAGUCAGAUCUGCGCAGCGAGAGCAGCAACCUCUUCGUCGGCACAUCCGCGACCCCUCGCGCCAGACGCACUCGCCGUGGUGAUAUCAACUCGGAGGUUUUCAGCGGUGGCGCUCGUAGCGGCAGCAGGGUCAUUCUUGAUGACGCUGGUCGCGUUGUCAAGGAGGUUCACUCGGAUGCUCCCACGUUCUCCAACCUCGAUCCCAAUACCUCCGAAGCCAAUCAUCUCGCAGGACAAGACCAUGCCACUAUUUGGGGUACAACCGUCUCCAUCGACGACACAUAUGCGGCGUUCAAGGAAUUCCUCAAGAACUUCACCAAAAAAUAUCGAAUGUGGAGCGACGGCAUGUCUACUGAGCAAACCGAUGCUGAUCCCGACGCCACAACAAAGGUAUACUGGGAAGAGCUGAACAAUAUGCUUGUUCUCGGCAACAGAAUUCUCUAUGUGGAUAUUCGCGACUUCAAGCUGUACCCUCCCACUCGGAAGCUGUGGUAUCAAAUCCAGCAUUAUCCCCAGGAAAUUGUUCCCUUGAUGGAUCAGUCAGUGCACGACGUGAUGAUUGAGCUGGCACGGACUGAAAUGGCUCGGCAAAGAAGCCAGAGUAAUGGUGCUGCCGCCUCUCAGCGUGGUGCUGCUCCAAGCUCCGAUGUGCAAUUCCCAAGCUCAGAGCGAAGCGAAGAACCCGCAGCAUCGCCACGUCCCCAGCAAGGGCAGCAAGGGCCCAAUCUUGAAGAGAAGAUCAUGGACAUGACCUUCGUGACCAGGCCAUUUGGCCUUGACCAGGUCAUCAACUUGCGGGAUCUGAACCCGUCCGACAUGGACAAGCUCAUUUCGAUCAAAGGCCUCGUCAUCCGGACAACACCCGUCAUCCCAGACAUGAGACAAGCCUUCUUCCGAUGCAACGUGUGUGGUCAUUCCCUGCUCGUCGGGCUGGACCGCGGAAAGAUCAGAGAACCAACCGCUUGUCCACGGCCCCUGUGUGAUUCCAAGAAUUCGAUGCAGAUCAUUCACAACCGCUGCGAAUUUGAGGAUAAGCAGGUCAUCAAGUUGCAAGAGACACCAGAUGCAGUGCCUGCCGGGCAGACGCCUCACUCGGUUUCCGUUUGUGUCUACAACGAGUUGGUUGACUUUUGCAAAGCUGGUGACCGUGUCGAGAUCACUGGCAUAUACCGUGUCAGUCCGGUCCGAGUCAACCCGCGCAUGCGAACAGUCAAGAGUGUCUUCAAGACUUUUGUCGAUGUUGUUCACAUUGCCAAGGUCGACAAGAAGCGAAUGGGUGCUGAUGUUUCCACUUUGGACGAAGAGGCCAAUGAUCCCGACAAUAACCUCGAGGAGACGCGGCAAAUCUCCCCCGACAUGGUAGAGAAGAUUAAGGCAACCGGUGCUCGCGACGACAUCUAUGACCUCUUGUCUCGAUCUCUAGCUCCAUCUAUCUACGAGAUGGACGACGUGAAAAAGGGAAUUCUCCUGCAAAUGUUUGGAGGCACCAACAAGACCUUCCAGAAGGGAGGCAGCCCCAAGUACCGUGGAGACAUCAACGUCCUGCUCUGCGGUGACCCGUCCACUUCGAAGUCGCAACUGCUCAAGUAUGUGCACAAGAUUGCUCCUCGUGGUGUCUACACUAGCGGCAAAGGUUCUUCCGCUGUUGGUCUUACCGCCUACGUCUCUCGUGAUCCCGAAACCCGACAGCUGGUGCUCGAGUCUGGUGCUUUAGUCCUGUCUGAUGGUGGUGUCUGCUGCAUCGACGAGUUCGACAAGAUGUCCGAUUCCACUCGUUCCGUCCUCCACGAAGUCAUGGAACAACAGACCGUUUCCGUGGCCAAGGCAGGCAUUAUCACAACGUUGAACGCCAGAACUAGUAUUCUCGCAUCUGCCAACCCAAUCGGGUCUCGCUAUAACCCCGAUCUUCCUGUUCCCCAGAACAUUGAUCUGCCACCAACACUGUUGUCUCGUUUUGACCUGGUCUACCUUAUUCUUGAUCGUGUAGAUGACGUCAACGACAAAAAGCUAGCACGGCAUCUGCUGUCUAUGUAUCUGGAGGACAAGCCCGAAUCGGCAGCCUCGAACAACGAGAUCAUGGAUGUCGAAUUCCUCACAGCAUACAUUUCAUACGCCCGCGCUAAUAUCCACCCAACCAUCUCGCAAGAUGCAGCCCAGGCCCUUGUUGACAAGUACGUCGGCAUGCGCAAGCUAGGCCAGGACGUCCGCGCGGCCGAGAAGCGCAUCACCGCCACGACGCGACAACUGGAAUCCAUGAUCCGUCUCGCCGAAGCACACGCGAAAAUGCGCCUCUCAUCGACCGUCACCACGGGCGAUGUGCUCGAGGCCCACCGUCUGAUCCAGUCGGCGCUCCAGACGGCUGCCACUGACUCCCAAGGCAGGAUCGACAUGAGUCUCCUGACCGAGGGCACCAGCUCGGCGGACCGCAAGCGCAAGGAGGAGCUGAAGACGGCUGUUUUCAUUCUGCUAGAUGAGCUAACGAGCGGGGGCCAGAGUGUCAGAUGGAGCGAUGUGGGCAGGCGACUGAGCGAAGGUGCCAGUGUUGCCGUUGACCCUACCGAGUUCUCGGAGGCGAUGCGCGCACUCGAGAUGGAAGGCGCUAUUAUGAUUACUGGCGAUGGUGCGAGGAGGAGUGUCAGGAGAUUGACUGGCGUCGCUUAGUUUGACUGUCAACUUGUGUAUGGAAAGCAUUUGAGGAGUGACAUGAUGAGAGCAUGAAAUGUUGGGUUAGGAUAUGGAUUGGCUGGUAUGCGAGUGUUACCCCUGAGGAUGUCGGGCGGGGGUGUUUAUGAUUGGACUUCGUUAAGUACUGAGAACUAGAACGAGAUGAUGACGGACAGAAUACUUAAGCAAUCGCUAUAGAUAAAGUGCACUGAAUUAUUACCAUCCCCUUGGAUAACAGAG